AAAUAAAUCAUUGAAUCAAAUUAACUAAGAUAACAUAAUGACAUGUUGUGGCUAUUGAUUUAUUUAAUUAUUAAUUGAUAAUAGGAGCGGUGAUGUGAUAAAAGUACUUUAAUGUACUUGUUGUUUGUGAAGACACUUGAUAAAAAUAAGAGAGUUGGUUGUUAUUUCGACUUUCACCCAGUAAAGCGUAUAGAAGCUACUGUACAAGCCGUACAACUUCCAUAACCUGGAUUGAGCAUACAUGCUUCCACUUCCACUCGUAAAAAAAAAACUAAAAGACGCGUGCGCAUAUCAACGUGACAGUUGUUGUUACAAUAGUUGAUGUUAGCUGUAGUGAGUGAUCACCAUCAUCAACAUCACUGGCGGACAGCCGACACGUACAGGAAUUUAUCCGCUUUCUAAAUAAAAGUUAUUAAUUCUCUUGCUGCCAAAAAUGGCCCUAAUUGAGGAGAGAAAUAAUUUACACUUUGUUGCUAAAAGUUUGAUUGCUGGUGGUGUUGCGGGAAUGUGCUCCAAAACUACUGUCGCUCCGUUAGAUAGAAUUAAAAUUCUUUUGCAAGCUCACAGUAAUCAUUACAAGCAUCUAGGCGUAUUUUCUGGCUUGAAAGAAAUAAUAUUGAAAGAAAAAUUCUUUGCACUGUACAAAGGAAAUUUUGCUCAAAUGAUUAGGAUAUUUCCGUAUGCAGCUACACAGUACACGUCUUUCGAAAUGUACAAAAAGUAUAUGGGAAGAAUUUUCGGUAAAAAUUCUCACAUAGAUAAAUUUUUCGCUGGAUCCAGUGCUGGAGUUACUGCAGUAACUCUGACGUAUCCUCUGGAUACUAUCAGAGCUCGAUUAGCAUUUCAAGUAACCGGGGAACAUAUUUACAGCGGCAUUAUUCACACAGCGGUGUCUAUUUUUAAGGAUGAAGGAGGAUUUUUGGCGUUGUACCGAGGAUUUUGGCCAACGAUAUUUGGAAUGAUACCUUACGCUGGUUUUUCAUUUUAUUCUUUUGAGUACCUUAAAUUUUUUUGUAUGAAGUACCUGCCGCACUAUCUGUGUGACGACUGUCCAAGAAAUACCGGUGGGCUUGUCUUAACAAUGCCAGGAAAAUUACUGUGUGGGGGAAUAGCUGGUGCUGUGGCACAAAGCUUCUCUUAUCCGCUCGAUGUCACCAGAAGACGAAUGCAAUUAGCCAUGAUGAAUCCGGCUACACAUAAAUACGGGUCGGGAAUGAUUUCGACGAUCAAAUUAAUCUAUCUGGAAAACGGAAUAAUUAAAGGACUGUACCGCGGGAUGAGUAUUAAUUAUUUACGUGCUGUACCGAUGGUGUCUGUUAGCUUCACAACUUAUGAAUUAAUGAAACAGAUGCUGGACUUGGACACGGGCAUGAAAAUUUCAUAGUUUAUUUAUUAAUUAUUUUCAAGGUUAUUUUAUGACCUUUUAUUAUUAUUUUUUUUUUUAUUUUUUAGGUAUUAAUUUAUAUUUAUUAUUUAAAGACAUAUAUUGGUAGUAUUGUUUGUAUUUGUAAGUGUUGCAUUAGCAAGAAUAAGUAAUUGCACUUUUAUACCUCAAGUACGUUUUAGAAAAAAUAAUAUUAAUAUAUUUUAUA